AUGCGCCCACUUGCAUGCCUUCCGCCUUCCCUAACCCGCACUGACCAGUGUGGUGUAGUCUGCUCAAAUGACCCUCACGGACCGCACGGCGUGGGGAGGCUGUCGUGCUGCAGUGGGUCGUCAAGAGGGCCGCCGCGCGUUUACCGCCGACGAUGCGUACGAUGCACGGUCGGCAUGCGGCGCUUGAAUCCCCUGCUGCCUGAUUGCGCGCUGCAGGUGGAGGAGGGUGGCAAGGCGGACCUUGCGAGCGCUCUGUGCGUUGGGGACGAGGUGGUCGUCAUCAACGGCAUUCGGCUGAGCGGUUUGCGGCAGGAGGCCAUCUGCCUCGUCAAGGGGUCCCACAAGACCCUGCGGCUCUCCGUGCGCAGGAGGAGCGACCCUGUGAGCCGCCCCCACUCGUGGCACUCGACCAAACACGAGGAGGACGAGGAGGCGACGGGCAUGAUGCGCAUCUCCCAGGGCAGCGCCAGCACCGCCUGGCACCCGACCUACCACACCAGUAGCUCCUCUACCAGUGACCUCUCCGGAUCGUACGACAUGGCGGGAUAUGGGCACCACCUCAGCCCGGACCAGUACAGCUCCCGGGGCAGCAUGGAUAGCCUCGACCACCCCACGCAGCCGAGCCAGCACCACCAGCACCUCCACCCGCACCAUCCACACCACAACCAGCAUCAUCCGCCCCACGGCAGCGACGGGCUGCUGCACCCCACCUCAGGGCAGCACCACGGCUUCUAUCCCCACGUACAGCAGCAGCAGCACCAGCAGCAGCAGCACCAUCAGCACGUCAAGUCGUCCAGCAGCGUGGACAGCAAGCGCGACUCGGCCUACAGCUCUUUCUCCGUGAGCGACCGCUCGGGAUCGGCGGAGAAUGUGGCGGCCGCCCCUGUGGUGGGCUGCUGGGAUGGUACCGGUGGCGGCGGCGGUGGCGGCGGCGGUGGCGGCGGUGGGAACUUGUCACCACCGGCUGACCUGCGCUUUGUGCGGACUGUUUACGGAGAGGCGGGCAGCGUGCGUGAGGAGCCGGAGACACGGGCGUCACGGCGCAGUGAAAUUGAGGUGCCGAGGAACGGGGAGGCGCGUGGAUCCGCGACCGGUGUCGCCGCCGCCACGUACGAGAACGGGAACCGCGACAUCUGUGGAGCAGGCUCGGCCAGGGCCCGGUACGAGAUCAGGGAGAACCUGACCAACAGCGCCAUGAAGAACUACUACGGCAAGGACGAGCCGGGCGAGGGCAAGUCCCGCGACAUUUACGCCUCCGAGCUUGGCUACAGACACACGGAGAGCCUCAAGAGGGCGGACCAUUACAGCAACAAGGACUGCUUGAUGCACAACAGCAAGCAGGCGAACAGCCUCGAUUACCCCAGCAGGUACGGCAAGGAGCGCCUCCACUCGGGCUGUGACGAGACGCUCGGCGGUGGCAAGGAGGCCGGCGACAGCCACCAGGGGCAGCAGUCGUCGUACAGAAGGUGCUCAGAGUCGAGUCGGCGGAGCAGCGGGCAGCUGUGGCAGCCGCCGAUGAAGGCGGCCGUGAGCGUGGACAGCGUGGUCUCCUCGCCGGUGGGGACGCCGCCGCCGCCGCCCAUCCGCAGCGUCAGCUUCAUCGCCACGCGCAACCACGAGAAGUCGCCGUCGUGGUCGGGCCCCGACGGCUACCUCCCGCCGGCGGUCGCGGCGGUCGCGCCGGGGCCUCCCAACGCCACGGCGCCAACCCCCCGGCCUCCGCCACGCGGCAGCUCGGCCUCGAACCUCCUGGCGUUCUCGGAGCCGCACCCGCUCAACACGGUGCCAGAGCGCAGCCCCGAGGCCAGCCCCAUGGUCCCACGCAAGCCGGUGCCAUCCCCGCAGCCCGCACAGGCCUACCCCGGGCAGCCCCUCGCCCCCACAGGCGUCUACUCGGCACAGCAGCAGCAGCAACAAGAUCCUCGCUACGCGCUGUCGGUGUCCGGAGGCGCCGGCGGUUAUGGCUAUCCGGCUGUGGGAAAGCAGUGCUCCGACGUUUAUUACAAUCAGCCUCCUGUGACAGCCGAGAGCCUGAAGCCUCAGCAUGGCAGGCACUGCGAGGAUGGUGGCUUCGGCCAAAGCCCGCCCCCGAGAUCCUACAGUAGCGGCGGGAGGCAGAGCCUGGGCCCGCCGAGCUCGUAUCAAAAUCAAGAUGGGGCGGCGGAGUCCAACGUCGGUUCGCUCCGAGGGCAGCCGUUGAAGUCGGCCAGCAUGCUGGAGCUGAACCAGCCAUGUGCUGCGGCGGCGAGGUACUACUGCAUCUCCAUGAACCACCCAACGCAGGUGGAGGUGGCCCCGUGCCCGCCGCCCAAGGGGGAGUACAGGCAGUGGCACGACGAGGCCGUCCAGCCGUUGGCCUACGCUUACGCGGACCAGAUCCGGAGACCGGACUCGGCCAGCCGGAAGCGCUACAACAGCAGCGGCAGCAGCAGCAGCAGCAGCAGCCACAGCUCGCAGGGCAGCAUCGCCGCGCGCGUCGACCUGAAACCCACGAGCUUCCCGCCGACGGACGGCCGCCCCCCCAGCAGCAGCGGCAGGAGGCAGUUGAGCGGUGGCUCGGCCGAGACCGGCUCCAGCUUCGACGGCCGGCAGUCGGCGCACACCGACUUCGAUAGGGGGGGUGGCGGCUUCUACGGCUUUGCAGAAGACCCUCGCAACGGCGGUGGCGGCGGCGUGGCGGACCGGUUGGGCACGCGCAACGUGAUUAGUGCUGAGCGCACGCCUAUGCUGCAUCACCUGACGGUGCUCGGUGCGGCAGAGGGUGGCAGCAGGGCGGCGGCAGCGGCGGCGACCGCCGGUGAUCCCGGCAAGCAGAUACGGCGCAGCGACCGCUUCGCGACCACACUGCGUAACGAGAUCCAGAUGAAACGUGCCCAGCUGCAGAAGAGCAAGAGUUCCUCUCAGCUCGUGGAAGAGGAGGAGGAGGAGGAAGAGAAUGAAGCCGCGGAGUCACUAACGAGCCAGUGGAAAGGAGAGUCCGCCAAGGAUGAGCUCAACUCCCCGCUGGAUGCUGCGUACGGCGAGGCCUACAAGGAGCACGUGAAGGAGGCUCAGACCAAGGUUCUCAGAGCGACGUCCUUCCGCCGCCGUGACCUGGAAAUCAGACUGCCCUUCGACUCGAGCCUGAAGUCGCGGACGCUUGAGAACUCGGAGGGCAAUCACAGCAGGUCGAGCUCUCUGAGCAACCCGCCGCUCACUCGGAGCCAACUGGACAGUGCUUUCCAGAGCACAGAGAGCCUGCCGGCGCACCACGUUCCCCGCAUAUGUGGUCGCAAGCGGCUGACGGACCAGCAGAAGAAGAGGUCGUAUUCGGAGCCGGAGAAAAUGAACGAGGUGGGUGUGGGUUCAGAGAGUGACACUUCCCCGGCCUUUGGAAGCAAGUUGCGCGAUGGCGCGUUUGCCUACCCGGAGGGCAGCGCUGCUCUUUGCGGCAACAGCAAUGGUGACCGCGGCUCUGUCGCAGACAGACGGAAAUUUUUCGAGAAGGACGGCAGCAAGAUGUCUCUCCUGCAAAGGGCACAGGCAAAACAGCAGCAUCAGCAGCAUGUCUCAAAUUCUUCGAACACUAAAUCCGAACGGCACGAUGCACUGAAAGAUGGAUACGGUUGGUACGGUCAUCCCGAGCUGUGCUUGGCAAAAAUGGAAGCCCGUCGCCACUCCUCGUCAUCCUCUUCCAGCCUGAGCUCCUCGUCGGAGCAGCAAUGCCUGUGGAGGCCCCACGGAGAGGACGUCAGACCGAUGGCCGCGUACUCCGACUUGAGCCCUCCUGCGUAUCAGCAACACGCCGGCUCUGAGAGAAAGCUCACGUCUGCUGGCCGUGCCCAGGGGCUGGAGCAGCAGCAACCUUACGGCUCCGACUUGAAUGUUAACGACGGCGGCUUCGGCAACUCCGAUCAUCAGACGGCGACGGGCGCCCGUGGUAGGGAGCGCCAGCAAUUGCAGCAGCCGUCGUGGUCGCAGCAGGCGCACCUGCACCAGCAGCAGCAGCAGCAGAUGUCCCUGGAGAUGCUGCCCCCACGAAAUUCCGAAAAGUUUGUGUCCAGCGAAAAUCUGACGAGCUGGAAGGCUGACGGGAGGAGACACGUGCACGUUCGCUCGCGCUCUUCGCCUACCUCGGAGGUGUCUUGCAAGCAGGAGCUGUUGGCGCGUCUCGGGAAGCUGGAGAUCCGCAGGGAUGAGGACCACGCCCCGGUGCACGCCAACCCCGAGCAGCAUGGCUCAGCGGCUAGUUGGUCGAAGGUCGGGCGCCUGGAUAGAGUGAGGGAGCCAGACGGACCCAGCAGAGACGGCUGCGCUGCUCCGGCUGGAGGUGCCCGGUGGGGCCGGGGUACCCACUCCAGUGGCAAGCCUGAGCGUGCCAACCUUGAGGAGUCGGAGGGCUCUGUGCGUUUGCGGCGCGAGCGGGCUGCUUCUGCCGGGCUUCUGGACCUGCCUGGGGUCGGCGUGAGCUCCGGGGCGUGGUCAGACGCGCACACGGCAGCGUCACGUCUCCAAGAUUCUACGCAGAGGCCCUUAGCAGCGACCAAGAAAGGGGCGCCCCCGCAGAGGCCGCCCCCUCCCAAGUUCCUGGCGAAGCGCGACGGCUCCGAGCCCUACGCCACGGCCGCCACCUCGGCAGGAGACGGCGCGGGCAAGCGGAGUCCCGAGGCCAGAGCCACGGAGCACGGCGAGCGUCGCCGAGGGGUCCCCGUGGACGCGUCUGCGGAGCUCGGCGUGAGCAGCGGCGAGCCCGUGGCACCGCCACCCGCCACGCUGGAGGUGAUACCGGGCAACUUCCCUCUCCCCCCUUCGUCUCCGUCCCUACCACCGCGCCCAUCCCUGGCGCCCGCCAUCUCCUCGUCUCCCCCUCCGGCUCCCUCGCCGUCCCUGCUGCUGCCCCCCCAGCAGCUGACGGACAGGCCCCCCACAGCCAUGGACACGUCCGCUACUCCCAGGAUUGAAAGCUUCAUGGACAACAACAAGGCUGUGAAGAUGGUCCCAGUGAUGAUCAUCAGAUCCGAAUCAAAAGAUGGCAGGAGCCACCAAUCAGCUGCUGCCCCCGACAGCCUCGUGUCCACCACGAAGCCGGAGCCCUCUGUCGUGGAGCUGCACCUGACGUCCGCGCAGAACAGUGCCAACGUAGAGAGGAGCGCCGCGGAGACCAACCCGGAGCGCGCUUCCACGGCAAACCAAGAGGCAGAGGAGGAGCUCGGCAAACCGGAGAAGAUAGGCGAGAGCUCGGUGUCGGCGUUUGUGAGUUUCCAGCCGUCCAGGAGUCAACAGCAGCAGCAGCAGCAGGUGGUGGACAAGGAGGAGGAACAGAGGCAACAGGAGGACGAGGACCGCAAGACUGAGCAGCUCGCCAAGGAGAUCGUCGGCAAAGACCGCUCGCUCGCCGACGUGCUGGCGCCCGGCGUUCGGACGGCGCGCGAGCUCAUGGAGGGCAUCUUCCCGCACAGCGACCCGGCGCUUGGGGAGGCCCUGCAGGCUCGCCGCAAGUCCCAGCCGCGGGGGGCGGGUGCCGCAAAGGCCGCCGGCGACGGGGCAGAGAGGAGAGAAGAAGCGGUCUCCCCCACGGCGCUGCCACCGUGCCCGGCCUACUAUAGUGUGUCCGCACCCAAAGCCGAGCUGCUCAUGAAGAUGAAGGACCUGGUACCCUCGGUGGACGACGACGCGGACGAGGAAAUCGACCCGGACCUCACAGAGAAGAAGGCGGAGCUGAUCGCCAGCAUCGGGCGGAAGCUGCGCACGCUGCGCGAGGCCCGCGAGCUCCUGCUGGAGGACGUGCGCGACAACGAGGAGCUGGGCCGCGAGGUGGAGGGUUCCGCCGAGGCCUCGUGCAAGCCCAACGAGCUCGACAAGUUCCGCAUGUUCGUCGGCGACCUCGACAAGGUGGUGAGCCUGCUGCUGUCGCUGGCAGGCAGGCUGGCGCGCGUCGACAACGCCAUCAACAGCCUGGGCGCCGACGCCACCGCCGAGGAAAGGCAAUCGCUGGUGCAGAAACGCAAGCUGCUUUGUAGCCAGCACGAGGACGCGCGCGAGCUCAAGGAGAACUUGGACCGGCGGGAGCGCGCGGUGGACGUGAUCCUCGCGCAGCACCUGAGCGCCGAGCAGCUGCAGGACUACCGCCACUUUGUCAAGAUGAAGUCGGCGCUGAUCAUCGAGCGGCGAGAGCUCGACGACAAAAUCAAGCUGGGCGAGGAGCAGCUCCGCUGCCUGCGGGAGAGCAUGCCGUCCGAGUGCCGUGCCGCCACGGACUGAGAUGCCAACUGAGACGGGAACCAGCGCCCAGUAGCCACCGGGCGAGGGGCUCACACACCCCCCCCACCCACCGUCCGUUAGAGUGUGGGUUCCUCCUUUGCGUUGUUUGAUUGCUCAGAGUCUUCAAAGUGCUCGAGGGAAUAAUGGGGGGGUGGCGGUGGUGCUCGGCUCCAUUGCCGGUCACCGAGCCGGCGCUGGAGUUUACACCUUCCCAUCUUGGAGGUCCACUUUGUCUGCGGUACAGCUACGGUUGACUUCCCACAAUGUGGAGGCUUUUAAUGUUACAGACCAUCCUGAGAGAUGAUGAGCCCCCGGCUGGGUUAGGAAUCUGGCCCAGUUGAUGGCGAAUCAAGCGCGUGCUAUGACCGCAGAGCCACCCAAGAUGAAUUUUAUUGUUUUACACGCACUCUUCACAUUUUUAUUUUUUUCUCAUUGGUUAUACCCACUCUGUGGGGGGAAUUCAACGGUGGUUGACGUGGGAAGCCUGGCCUCCACCGGAAGGAAGCGGUAUUUCCACCGCUCGCUCUGAUAGGUCGGAUCGAGCGAGCGCCGCCACCCUGCGCUCGUUGAGCCAGGAGUUGAUGGACUUCCUCACUUUCUUCGUGGCCCAUUUUUGUUUCUUUGAAAUGUAUUUAUAUAGCAUUAUUCUUGUUAGCAGUUUUAAUUUAUUAUUUUAAGUUACAAACAAACCACUUUGAUUAGAAUUGUCCAUUCACAUUUUACCAUUAUCGUUUUUAUUGUAUUACAAAGCAUUAUUUUACAGGAUUAAUUUUUUUAUAUGCAUAAAACAUACACUUUGUGACAUCGCUUUCCACGUAAUGCGUUUGUGAAAACUCCUGGGCCUCGAGUUACAGCCUCAGUCGGUGCUUAUACAAGUUUUGAAUGCACUCUGCGAAAUACGAAUAAGCGGUGGCGCUGUGCGGAUGGUCAUUGGCAGCCCCGAGCCCCUGGUGGAAAUUCCAUCUGGUCCGGUUGACUGAACAUUAUCGAGAGCAUAAUCUUUGUGUGUGUUUUUGCUCUCCUGCAAUGUGGAUGUGCACCGUCUAUCGGUGAUUACAACCCACAAUAUUUUGGCCUCAAGAUGGUCUGGGCAUAUGUGCCAAGGAUGGGGGGGGGAUGCUUCUAGAAUAAGUCACCGCUGCGCUCUGGCAUUCCAGCGCAGGGAUAUUGCGUGUUAAAAAAAAUAAGAUAAUGUAAACGAUAAAAAGAAUGCUUUGAAACACAUGUGCUCGCGGUGUAGAAAAUGCUCGAAUUGUUCAACCCACUUAAUAUUGGCUGCAAAUUUCGUUUUAUCGCUCGAGGCCUGCUCUGCUUGUAAAAAGGGUGUGGACGGAGGAAGUGGUCUCUCCGAUUAGCCAUCGCAAAAUCUUCUCUUGAAGCGCGCACCAAAUGAGCGGAGAACAUCUGCGCGGCGCAUCCUUGCAAAGCAUGAGCACCAACCAUUGACGUGAAAAAAGACUUCCACGCUAAACUUUGGAAGCGGACAAAGGAAUUUUCCUGACGAAAAAAAAACCAGAAGCAACAAAACAAACUGCAAAAGUGGAUUCGUACGAGGAAAGUUACCCGGAGAUGUUCUCGUGCAAACUGAAGGUGCCCGUGGGUGCUUGGCAGAUGUAAAGUUAAUUAUGCAACGAAAUUUGCCACUUUUAUGAAAGUGUUAAAGUAAAACUUUGUGUACAAAACGAAGGUACAUUCUCUGCGCGGCAGCGGCGGUGGCAAUGGAGGUGGCAGCGGCACGGUGCGUGGUGCGCUUGUAGGAACACUUGGCCGGCCACACCGUGCCCGUUGUGUCGCUGUGGUGCCACGGCGGUGGUGUCGCGGGUUCGUGUGGCGUGCCAGCCGUUGGGAGGAGCGCUGCCUGGCAAAAAAGGACUCGCGGAAGGGAAAGGAUGAGAAUUGUACCAUGGCAAUAAACGUGAUGUCGUAGAACUACAUUAGCAAACGAUUAAAAAAAUAUAAAAAAAUGAGAGAUCGAAUUGUAUAAUUAUACUGUAGUGCCUUCAACUGUUGCACAUGCAUAUUUAUAGCUGUUAUACGUGGCUUCUGUACUGAAACUUUUACUUAAUUCACUCUUUUAUUUGAUUUCAUUUUCCGCAAGCGUGCCAUGUAGGCUUGUGGCUGUGCAUAGCAUUAGCACGAUAGAUGACAUCGAUAUAAGUAUCCCAUUUAUCAAUAACUCGAUAAUUCCGUUGACAGCAUGCGUUUUAAUGUUAGAGUUCAUGAUGUGUUAUUAUCUUUCUGGCCGUUAACCCAAGGCUGUGGUGUUAGGAACCAAAAUUAUGUUCAGUUUAAAUACAGGUGUGGGUGUGUGGAAAUUUCUGUGCUUUUUGGAGUUGCAUAAAGGAUUUAUUUUACUUUGCGAGUACUAGGUGGGAAAGUGUUUGAGGCAAUAUUAUGGAGGCAGUGCCGUCUGAUGAUCGUGUUUUAUUGCCUUCUCACAUCAAGUGGUAGCCACUUGUGGUUGUGAAGAUGAAAUCGCACGUCAUGGACCCAGCCAUUUGCAGGCGGUGUAACAGGGUACAGACAACACUGCAUCCCCUAAUAGGGUGGCCAACGCAGCAGCGCAAGGUAUUGUCACAGCAGUUAGAUGGGAAUAUGCUGUUUUGUUUUUUAAAAAUACACAAAAUAAGAGACAACAAGGAGUCGUCAACAUAUAAAUAUACAUAAAGGUAUAUGUUUGGUCAAUAAUUUAAAUAGAUUUAAUUUAAAUGCCUUUUCCUCAUUACACAAACUUCGUAAAUGAAUAUACAGUCCACGCGUGGGAUUAUUAUUGGUGACGCCCUGUGUUUUGAACACAGGAUGCUAUGUUUAUCUCUUAGUCCGUAUUAAAGAUCUAAAUGCAUAUAACUAGAAAACUUUCAUCCCACUGCUGCAUCCUCUAUAGUCACAUUCUUUCACUUUCGUGAGUGCCAAUGUGAGUAUCAAGGCACUGUUAGAGGCAUUAUGAUGUUCAUUACUUGGGAAUGUAACGUGCUAUGGUGUGCCUCCUUUUGAGUAGUUUGAUUUGGAUGUCAUAGGAAGGUCAUUGAUAUUUUUUGGUUCCAUAGUAAUGGAUGGAUCUGGAUUUCUAACUCACGAAAUGUGUCGUGUUUCGUUGUCGAUGUUUACCAGAGUUGGACACUCGCAAGGUGAAAGUAAUUUGCGAUUUGAGAGCCGGAUGGGCUAUGAUGGGAAGGUUUCAUUUUAAAAUAAGCAUAGGAGUAAUCAAACACAACCGAGAUUGCUUUGUUGACUCAAUCGAAGAUGAAUUUGCUCGGCAACGUAAUACUAUUGCAAUGCAGUAGAACUCAUUAUAAUGACUGGAAUUGCGAGGGGGGGCGGGCUUGAGUAAUCGCUACCCCCCCCCCCCCCCCGCACUUGACGAUGGCUAUUUUGGUUGUCUCUUAUGGUGAACAUCGCCAUGCGUAUGGGUUAAUGUAGGAACAAGUUGGCGGCAUCCUUGCGCGCACUGCAUGUUAAUGUCGAGCCCACCUGGGUACCGCCAAGCCCUUCAAAUUAUGCGCGUCUCUGGCUCGGUGUACCUCUUACAACCAAAGGCUCUCAAUGUCGUGUUAUUAAAAUGGAGCUCUACUGCACUCUGGUAUCAUUUGACUUAGGUGUACAGCACGGUGUGAAUAAUUUAUAUGCAAACAUGGGUCUGUCCGCGUGAUCCCCCCCCCCCCCCCCGAAGAGCAUUUCAUUACACGUGGCUGUAUUUAUUUGUUCAGCACAUGGCCAUGUAUGCGUGUGAUUUGGUCACCAGUCACUGCCACGAGCUUUUUCUCAAGCGCCACUGAAUGGUCUGGUUUUUGUUGCUGGCACCGUGAGCUCCGAUGAAACGUCGAAUGUUGUUCGUGCGUAACAGAAAAAAAAAUUCUUCGAAAAAUAUUUCUACUUUUCCAAAAAAAUCCAGAAAGUUAACGUGCGCUUAAUAAAUAUUCCAGUUUGAUAACAUCACUUGGCGGAGGUGUGCGGUGUAUGGAAAUUGUUCGGUAUAAUUGAGCAUUCACCAAAGUUGAUAUGAGUACCGUUUCUGAAGUAGCAGGCAAGGAAUGUAAAAAAAAAGAAUCACUCGUGUUUUGUUGAUUGAUAAAAAAAAUGCUCAGUUUCUGGCAACGAAAAGCUUUUGACAUUAAGCCCUCAUAUUUGCACACUUCACUGUGACGGGGGACUGAGUAAGGAGUGUAAAUGUUCGUAGAUGUAAACAUUUGCGCCACGCAGAGUGAGCCCGAUGUUCCCCUGCCCCUACAAAGUUCUGCGUGUGAUGCUGACCGUGCAAAGAUUGGAAGGUUAUAUAUAUAAAAGUGCACUCUUGAGUAACAAGCAGAGUAAAGCUGCAACACUUUGAUUUAAUGUUGAGAAUAAGUAACAAAAAAAAAUCUUGUUAGUCCUGCUUCAAAUAAUGCUGUGGGCAUUUUACGGUUUUUUUUGUUUCAAAGUUACUUCUUCGUUGACGUUCAGGUGAACGGUGACGACGACGUGUAAUUGUCUUAAACCACCAAUUGUUGAAACGUGUAAUUCCCUGACAAAGUGAUAUUACCUUUCACGAGAUUGCUGCCGCGUCGUGAAAACAGUCAUGCCCGGCCCUGCGCUUUCUGAAUAUCGUACCACAAACUUGUUGUUGCGUUCGUGGUGUUUGGUUUAUCACCAUUUUGCAUUUUCAUAGUUUCCGGCGAAAUCUGUUGUGCAACUGCAACGUUGCAACCCGCCUCUCUCCAUAGCACGGCGAUUGCUGCACCCACCGGCUUGCUCAGAUGUGUUUUUCCCCCUCACUCGUUUAUUUUGUUCUGUAAAUCUGUGUACAUAUUGUUUGAAACUGCCAAGCCAAGUUGUAUUAAUGUAAGUCUUUGCCUUCAA